UGGUGUCGGUUGUGUCCGCGCUCCGGUGGCUUUGCUUCCCCAGAAAUCCUGAAUCAGCGGCCUCGACUUUCUCGGAGCCUGCUCGGGCACACACCUGUGCGCUAUCUCCCUCCACUGGCGAGUAACGACUUGGCAAGCGAUUGGCAAUAAUAGCGGUCAUCAGAAUGAGAGCAAAUGUCAGCCGGGCAGCAUGUCGUCCGCAUUGAGAGUCCUCUUCCGUGGCACUAGGACAACAUUUCGCUGUGGCAACUGAGGGGCACCGCCUGUGGCCAUCACCAUGACGCUUCUGCAGAGACUCCAGGCCAUGUCGGCCACCACAACCAGGACGAUGUUGGAGGGCAGCAUCGGAGGCGGCAUCGAUAGCAUCGGCGGCACAAAGGAGCCGCUGGCGGGCAAGCUGCCCGUGCUGGAGGAGUCCGCCUCGCACGCCCGUUAUUUGAAAUUCAUCGCCGACGGGCUCAUCGACGAGGGACUGGGCAGUGCGGUGGGCAGCGGGAGCAGCAUCGCCGUGUCCGUCGAAGAUGUCGUCGCCGGACAGGCACAGGACAUGCAGGCGGGCGAGGGAUCCUCGGACGACGCCGACGGCAGCAGCCAUCUGGCAUUAGUCUUCGUCAAGUGUUUCAUUAUUGGUUUCAUCAUACUGGCCGCCAUCCUGGGCAACAUGCUGGUGAUUGUGUCCGUCAUGCGCCACCGGAAAUUGCGCAUCAUUACCAACUACUUUGUGGUCUCGCUGGCCGUCGCCGACAUGCUGGUGGCCCUCUGUGCGAUGACUUUUAAUGCUUCCGUCAUGAUCUCGGGCAAGUGGAUGUUCGGAUCGGUGAUGUGCGACAUGUGGAACAGCUUCGACGUCUACUUCUCCACCGCCAGCAUCAUGCACCUCUGCUGCAUAUCCGUGGACAGAUACUACGCCAUCGUCCAGCCACUGGAUUAUCCGCUAAUCAUGACGCAGCGGCGCGUGUUCAUCAUGCUCCUGAUGGUGUGGCUGUCCCCGGCGCUUCUCUCGUUCCUGCCCAUCUGCUCCGGGUGGUACACAACGACCGAGAACUACAAGUAUCUCAAAUCGAAUCCGCACAUAUGCGAGUUCAAAGUGAACAAGGCGUACGCCAUAGUCAGCUCCUCGAUGAGCUUCUGGAUCCCCGGCAUCGUGAUGCUCUCGAUGUACUACCGCAUUUACCAGGAGGCCGACCGGCAGGAGCGCCUGGUCUACAGAUCCAAGGUGGCCGCCCUGCUGCUCGAGAAGCAUCUGCAGAUUAGCCAAAUUCCCAAGCCGCGGCCCAGCAUCCAGGUGGAGCAGUCGACCAUCUCGACGAUGCGGCGGGAGCGGAAGGCCGCCCGCACCCUGGGCAUCAUCAUGAGCGCCUUCCUCAUCUGCUGGCUGCCGUUCUUCCUCUGGUACAUCGUAUCCUCGCUGUGCGAUAGCUGCAUCACUCCGCGCCUGCUCGUCGGCAUCCUGUUUUGGAUCGGCUACUUCAACUCGGCCCUGAACCCCAUUAUUUAUGCAUACUUCAACCGCGACUUCAGGGCCGCCUUUAAGAAGACCCUCAAGAGCCUCUUCCCCUACGCCUUCUACUUCUGUCGGCGCAACAGGGGGCGGGACGACGACCGGGACCUGGAGUUCGGCGGCCCCAGUCGGCGGGGCACCAACGGAGCCCGCGCCGGCUCCGGCUCCGCCGAGCUGCCCAACUGCGUCAACUCGACGGCCUCGUCGGAGAUCCACAUGAGCGUGAUGCGGGCCCGCCAGUACGCCGUCAACGUCACGCCCACCACGGACGCCCAGAUGCAGCAGCUGCACCCCCUCUACACCAACUAGGACGCACUUGAUCUCAGCUCCUGUGCUUCACAACGUCUGUUCAUGAGUGCGCAGUGCUCUCCAAGUGUUCUCCAGAAACCAGAUUGCCAGCUCACAGAUACACUACUCGUCAGAACGAAAAAACAUUCCUCAAAAUAGCUGCUAAGAGGGCUAAAAAGAAUUUAACCACAGGCAAAACAGCUAAAGCAACAGCAACAAUACGACAAUCCCACAGAUUAUAGAAAGCCUUCAAGAACAGCAAAUUGACGUGCAAAAUGAAUUGAAAUACAAAUAGAAUUAUUUCGACAUACAAUUUACUCCGUGACACGUAAAUUGUCAGAAAUUUCAUAGAGAGGUGUUUAUAAAUGCGCAUGCAGAAUAGAUAUAUGAAUUGAAUGUUUGAUAUACGUAUAUAAAAACAAAAACGAGAUGUUAACCCAAAAAACAAAUAUGAAAUAAUACUCUGAAGUAAAAAGUAAACAGAAGCCAUAGUUACACUGUAGGUGGAAGGUCUGGUUGAAGAGUUCUUUUGUCCAAAAUAUUCGUUGAUAAAUGUUGGAUUUUUCUAUAUGUUACUUACUCUAAAAACCCGUCGAAGAACAAGAUUCAUUUAAUAUGUGUUCUACUUUUAUUCGAUUAGCGAGUAAAGACUGAUCAGUAAUCAGUGACUAGUUUGAUUAACUCAUGUUGUAAAUAUUCAAGGCACUCAACCAGGUCUUUAGUCUACUGUUAGUUACCUAAAACUAAGGUUAGCGAGGUGUUCUUAUUUUUCGUAUAACUCAUAUACUCACUUCUCUAAAGGGAUUGGAGAAAGUUCAUUUCGAUCAAGACAUUAAAGAUAAUCUACGCCAUUAAAUUAAAAUCAAAGUAUAUAUGACAUAACACAUAACCAAAGAGAAGAUUCAUUCGUAUGCUGUAGCAUAUAGAAGCUAAAGCACUACUAACAUAUCCGCUGGGUCUUUUAGCCUCAACCUUGAUGUUUCCCGACUCUGAGUCCCACACUGUUGUUGUAGUCAAGCUAGCGCCUUAGGGCUAUAUACUAUAUACGAUCUAUACCUGUAGCCGAGUACUUGUGUACCUCCCCUCUGCAAAUAGAUGCAAGCGACCUUCCUGGAACUGUUUUGUAAUCUUUUGAGCAAGUGUGACUAAUUCCUAUAUCGCUACUCUCUUGCCUGGACAAUCUUAACGAAGCACAAUAAACUAAAUCCCCAGACUCCAAGCCUGUUUAGUUGACUUUCGCUUUCGACUCGAAAUUAGCUGAGUAGCAGAUAUAAGAGAAAUUAUCAGUGACUGCCACGCCCCGCGCCGAAUUCGUCGCCGCCCUUGCGCCCAUAAAUCAAAGGUGUUUCUGCGGAAAGCUGGCUGAAGUUGUUUGCCCAAAAUAUCAAACCGUGCAGAAAAUAUAUGUACGACAUGCAUAAAACGCCGCCGUUUUCCUGCGAUUCACAGUCAUUAUUUAAAGCGCCGGCUUAAGAGCUCACCGCCGCCGACAAAUGAGCAUCUGCCGUCUCUGUCGGCGUGACUACCCCUACUACCCCUAGAACACCCUACUCCCCCGCCCCCAGUGGGCGUGUCAAUAUUUGCUUUAUUUAACUCUCGACGCUUUGUUUAAACUGCGGAACGCCCACGAGAAAGUUGGCAGGCGGCGCGUUGAUAACAUUUGAAAUGUAGCCAAAUAUUGUUAACUAAAUUAGCGUCGAACGAUAAGAAGGCGAAGUACAAAACGCGAAUGCUCUCUAAAGUUUAAACAGUUUUGCAUUGACUAAAAUAACUUGAAUGUAUUUAUUUGUGGUACCUGCGUGAUUUCAUUGUUGCCACAAGUGUUUCCAGGUGCAUUGCACUUUAGUAGAAGUUGCAAUCGUUGAACGAGGAAGUAAGAGUAUCUAUCUACAACAUAGAAUUUGUAUGUUGUGUGUAAUAUUGUUAUUAAAAUGUAAGCACUUGCAGUUUUUAAGUUGUUCAUUAUAUGUUAUUUUACAUAUUGUAUUCAGCAUCUGUAUUUCAAAAAGCUGUAUGAAUUAUAAAUGUAUUUCCUCGUUUUCAAAACCCUUGUACCCCUAAAAUGAGGGUACUUUUCCGGAGAAGUACGGCGCGUGUCCGUAAACCACCUGGAUCACGGCGGCCAUAACAAAAACAGCCAUAAUUAACGAAAAUACGAUUUAGUUUAACCGCAAAUUGGCAUGUCAACUCAGGGGAGCAUGUGACUCUCGAAUGAAAACAGACUAAAAAGUGGCGCAAGUGUCGAAAAGUAAAUAAUUAAAUAAUGGCAAUUAGGUAAAGCUCACGACGAUUACAGUCGCCCGGCGAGGUAUGCUGACGAGUCACUCCAUGAUGCAAUCCCAGAUAAGUUGACACUUCACGCACAUUCCAGAUAAAUCCCCGAGUCCCUUGGGUGACGAUGACUGGUGAAACACUUCUGCCAGCGACUGUAGUACGAUCUUAUACGACUGAUUCAUUUUAUUUCGUUUUCCUACGAUGCGAUAGAGAUACAAGGUACCUAAGACGUAACCAUAACAGCUGAAAGAGGCUCAAUGUUCAAACAAAUUUACUCAUGCAGAUGCACUCCAAACAAAAAUCGAAGCCAAAACAAGUUAAAUGUCCAACAGAAGCGCCGAGCUGAAGCUUAUUUUGUAACAGAAACACACACUGAGUGUCUAAUAAUAAUGGUAGUCGAAUAAUUGUUGAAUAUUGUAUGUAUUAUGCAUGUGAAUAGUUGAAGUCAAUGCCAUGUAAAGCAAAAGUAAAUAAAAGAUAAUUUUAAAAUCAGACCACAUGGAGGUAAUGAAAUAUUAAUGCGAAACUCAUAUAUUCAUAGCUAACUCGGCCACACGGCAUUAAAUACAAAACGCAAAUAACGAGCGGAAAAUGUUAAUUAACUUGUGAAAAACAUUUACAAACCACAAAAAAAGAGAACAACUAGCACGGAUCUUGUGGUCGAUUGUCGGUCAAUUUCGGAACUGUACGCAGAUACCUUCCAAGUUUCACGAGCAACCAUUAGGCGAAACCCCUCGACUUAAGUAAAUGUUAACAUGUGCGUUUUUCAGUGGAAACUAUAUUAAAUUAUACAUAUAUAUUUAUUAUACAAAGGGAUAUGUUUACGGUGUAUGCAUGUAUUGUAUAUAGUAUCGCGAUACAUAUAAAUUAAUGAAAUGAAGCAAUUACAAUCGUAUGGAAUAAAGUAAAGGUAAUAAUAAAAAGGUUCAAAACAUCAUA